AUAAAACUGAAAGUAUUAUUCAAAUUUAACGGGUUAAAAAGUGCAAUUGGUUUUCGUACCCACUAAAUCACAAAAGUAAUUGUUAGAAGUUGUGAACACAUGUUUCUUGAAAGUAAUAACCCGAAUGUGGAAAAUUCGGUUUCUACCCAGUUUUAUUUUUUAAUAUUUGUCAUGCAUUUCUGUAGUUAUGAAAAAUAUAUACGUCAUUAUACUUAUGCGAAGCAGUAUUUCUGUUUUUUUCUUUACUGAUCUUGAGCUCAUUGAACACUUGAAGUUAGAGGGACACUCUUGUUUUAUGUAUGCUUUAUUUUUGAAAGGAAUGAGUUCAAAAUGUCGUAGUGUUCUACAGCUGUAAAUUUUUUAGUCGCAUGUCUUAAUGAAUCUCAAGUCACUUUUGAAUUACUCUUCUAUAACAUAUAGUUAGGAACUCUUCCCAGGUUUUCAGAACUUAGGAUUUUUUGGAGCGCCUCAGGUGGACUUUGAAAUGUUCUACUUAACAGCCCCUUCAAGGCUAACAUAUGUGAUUCCCCUAUAUCAUGCUCUAGUAAAUCCUAUUCUCAGUCCUUUCAUAUGAACAAAUGUGGGAUACUGGCACAAAACACCAUUCAAAGACAUCAAAUGUUGGUGCGUGGUGUGAAGACGGGUCUAUGAUUCCUGGAUCGUCUAUAAAAGCCCAUGUUGAUUUUGAAUAAUAUUUGUUUUUGUACAGCCUUCAGUUCGUUAUACUUUAUUUAAAGACUUAGUGCUUCCGAGAACCGAAUAGCUGGUAACUAGUCGAUGAACAAGUCAUAUUGCGUGCUUAACCGUAAUUACUGUGUAUCAUCUCUAAUCGUAUAUCACUUUAUAUGUUCGAAAACACGACAGAACCGCAGGUUAGUGAUCAUGAUGUAUGAAUGCAAAAAUGCCAAAAUUCAUAUAUAGGAUACCAACUAACAAAACUUUUCUACUGACGCACCAUGAAGAUGCUAUCAGACCCUUAACACCCGAGGAUGUACAGGUCUUGAUGGAAUCUGGUGUCUGUUUAAAAAUAUGUAGUUUUAGACCUUUAAACUAAAUCGCUUCGUUGUAUUACGUUGUAGCUGUGUUAUACCUUAACUUCGUUUAAAUGUGUGAAAUCCCACAUUUUAGUUUUUUUGGCUUAGGUUCAUAAAAUCUUUAAAUAUAUUUUCGCUACAAAUAUGUCAGUUAAAUGCAAAAAGUGUCUGUUACACAAAAUACCUAUGACAGAGUUUGUCUGGCCACAAGUUUCAGAAUAUAUUUCAUUCAUAUGUGAUCUUAUGUGAUGUCAUUCAAUAUUUGGACAGUAUGUAUGCCAUUACUUUCGUAAGAAGUCCCGUUAUACAUUUGAAGUCUUUGUGUUACAGAGAAUUCUGUUUUAUGCGAUACUAAUAUCAGUUAAACCAACGGGUCCUUUCUCAAGACGUAAUCAGAGAUUAUUUAGUAUGACAUCCUUUUUCCAGACACUCGAUGCGCAUACACUGACUCAAAAGGAUCGGAUUAAAUAUUUCUUUUUCAAAAUUAAAAUCUUUGAAGUUUACUGCCAUCCGAAAUUUGUUACGGAAAAUUUUAUUGGUCAUUAAUUUCCUAUGUCUGAUUCAUACUUUCUAAAUCCACUAAUAGUUAAAAUAAAGAUAUUAGUUGAAAUUAUUUUAUAAACAGAUUUACGUACGUUUUGAGUAAAGCAUUUCUUGGUGGGUUGUUUUAUAUAUUGUUUUGAUUGUUUUACAUGCAACAUCUUUACGAAAAGCAACAUUGUUACUAUUCUUGCACUGAUAAUCAUCGUUUAUACAAUUUAUAUAUGAUACAACUAAUUGUAUACACUCUCACUGUUGAUCAUAGCUGUUAUGUAGUAUUUAAACACUUUCGAGUACCAUUUGUCAGACGUUAAAUGUUUAGUACUAAUUUUGUAGAGAAAGUAUUAGCCAGUUUAUUUUCCUUGAAAAGUAAUUUGAUUUGGAGCCGUAUAUAGAAAUGCAAGUUGAAUAGUUCAAUAAAGCAAAAUUUUGUUGCAAGAACUUUUUCUUCUUGGUUCAAACAUACUAUUGAGUCUGAAAUCAUCGUCUGAAACAUGUUUUCAAAUAACCAAAUUCUUAGUUUUGGUUAGAAAACUGCAAAGACUUGUAUGAAAAUAAUCUGCCAGAACGUGUUUAAAAGUGGCAAAUAAUUACUUUAUAGCUCUGUAUUCUUUAUUUAUCUAAAACAGGAGCUUCAACAGUUUUAUCGCAUACUUCAAAUAAUUAUUAUCCCUAAAAAAUUUUAUAGUCUGAAAACUAAUAUUUUUAACAAAAGAUAUAAAGUCAGUUGUUGCUAUAAGUCGCAAGUGGAUUAAAAGCCACAAUUUAUUUAAAAUAUUGAAGUUCAUAUCAGUGAAAAGUGAAAACUUAGAACUAGUGGCUUCUUGACAGAAAAUAAUUUAAUAUUAAAUGAAGAUUUAUGCCAUAUAUUUUCCUUUAUGAGACUGUUCAAGCGAUUUAGUUCUCAGAUAUAGGACAUUGCACAUAGAAGUCAAUAAAUGAUUUUUAAUACUAGAUGCUUAUAACUGUGGUAUUCGGUUUCGUAAAGUACGGGUUUUCAGGUGCACGAAUUUCUUCGUCGACUGAUAAAAUGUGAAAUUUCGUAACAAUAUUUUUACAAUACGUUCAGAAUUGGAUAGAACUGGAAGUCAAACAGUCUACUGGUAUGGAAUCUGAUGAUAGCUGUGAAAUAGCCUCGGUAAUUACAAGAGCAGAUACCAAGUCUGAUUUAUCUGAUAAUCAGACCAUUGAUUGGAGUAACCAUCAAAAUCUAAGGAAAGAAAACUAUCCAAGUUGUGAUGGUUGCCUAUCAAAUGUAGAAGUAUUAUCAGAUAGUUGUUUGAACACUUUUUCACUAAAGCUAAGAGGUGAGUUACUCUGUUCAGAUUUCAAUCGUUUUACCUAGAGCAAGGAAAGAAGAUUAAACUCCUGGAACAAGAGCGAAUCGGCUUUUUGGAACAAAUAGCCAAUCUCUGUUCAUCUUUAGAAAAAAAGCAACAAGAGUUGGUUGAUGUUUUGAAACUUUCGGAAGAAAAAGCAAAAUACCACGCUCAUUAUAUGACUGAGGUUUGUUUGUAAUUCCCUAUCGAUUUUUGUCAUGUUUGCAUUCUUGUCGCAUAUAGUGUAUGUAAGUAGAUUAACUGUCUACACAGGCGUAGUUGUUUUAUAUUUAUCUGAUUGUUCCACCAUGGAUACUCACAGUGCUUGAUCACGAUAGGAUCACUCAUUAAUUCAUUGUAUUACAAUGGUAUCCAUAUUUUUAAUUGGUCUCUAUUCUUAGCCAACUUUGCAUAUGACACAGGUGAAUCAUCACCUGUUUCCAUUUAAAAUUUCAGGAAGCAUGCGUACGGGUCCAUUUAAAAUGAGAUGAAAAACUGAGUUUUAAGUUAAGCAAAUUUUGGAUUUUAGGUUAUUAGGCACUACCAUUUAUUUCACUUUGACGCGUUAUACCACCCCAUGAGGUAUAUAAUCUGAGUAUGGACACAAAAUUGUUACCGAGAAGUUGACUAUACAUAGAGAAAAGCCUAAAUAUACGUCAGUUAAUGGAUAAGGUGUAUACCAAAAUUAUUGUUUUUAAGAUGGUCUAAUAAUGUUUUGACGUGCGGAGUUUUUUCGUCACUGUAAGGUAAGAGGUUAGAAGGGCGCUAGUAAACUGAGCAAACUAAGUUUCGAUUUUAGUUUCUAGAACGUGUCCUGUUAUUACAUCUCAGCACAUCGAAAGAUUAUAUGCUUCAGUUAAAAAUCAGUUCGUAGGUUAACUUAGGAAAUUAAAUUAUAAUUGAGUUCUUAUCAACUCUUAUUCUGUGAUUUCUUUUGCACUGUUGGAAUAAAAUAAAAAACAGGUUAGUAGUCUACUAGCCGAACUGAAAACACUAUUUUCAGAGCAUUCAAACUGUUUUAAUCCAGGAAAUCAGGCUUUAAUAGAUCAGGGUGAAUUUGGGAAUAAGAAUGAAGUUUCACAUAAUACCGAUACUGAAAACGUACAAUUGAGUUCCACUAUUGGUUCAGUGAAAGGCGCUUGCUGUUCAGAAUCUCAGCAAGAUCAUCGUGGCCGCGCUCUAAUCAAUGAACUUUCUGCUACAGUAAGUACUGUCAAAAAUAUGAACAGCAAAAAAUUGAUAAAACACGACCCUUCUCCACAAACCCCACAUAUAUUUGAUGCGUUAUCAUCCAAACCUUUAAAUAAUUCUGAUCGAAAUCCUAUUAAAAUAUCUACAAAUCAGUUGCCUAAUAAAUUAAUUCAGCACACUCAGGUGACAAAAAAUCCUAUAGCUUCAGAUGUUUGCAUAUUGCCAUCAUUUUGUUGGAACACUGACCAUGUUCUAUACUGGUUACGUGAAUAUGUUUGCCUACCUGGUGGAUGUUUGGAUGCUGCUAGUCGACUUCGUUUAGAUGGUAGACAAUUAACAAGUGCAUUCGACAGAAAAAUUGAAAAACAGUUACAUCUUAAUGAUGAAGGAUUAAGAAAAAAAUUUUUUACAGCUCUCGAAGAUUUACGAAUACAUGGACCGCCUGGUAUAUCACGGAAUCCAGGACCAAGCCAUAUAAGCUGUCAAUGGAUUUGUGAUAUUUGGUUAAAACAUCAUUUAGGUCUUGUACAACUAAUUCCUAUAUUUUCAAUAAGACGUGUGGAUGGUCGAAUGUUGUCUAGUUUAAUUACCUACAAACGUCCAAAACAUUCUAUCCAGCAUAAAAAUAGACGAAAAAGUAAAGAUAAUCAUAAUUAUGAUAACGAUAAUUGCAAUGAUAUAAUAAUUUCUAAUCCCAAUGAUGAUAUUCCUCUUUCGAAUUAUUCACAACAGAAUCUUAUCAAUUUGAAAACUAAUGAAAUUAAUGGUAGUAGUAAUAAUAAUGAUAAUAUUAGCAAUCAUUCAAGUGUUAAAAGUAUUUCGUCUGUAUCUUCUACAAGCAGCAUAACGAACGCUGUUCAAGAUUCCUGUAGUCAUAAUAAUAGCAGUAAUAAGUAUGAUAAUGGUAAUGAAUAUAUGGAACGUAAUUGGCAAGUUGCUGGACGUAAAGAAAUGUUACAUAUUUUAUUAGGUCUAUCGCAUACAUCAUCAUCGUCGUCGUCGAGUAGUGGUGCAGAUUUAUCUGUAGAUUCUAGAUAUUUACUUGGCAAAAAAGAGGCUGAAAGUUUACGUACUGCUAUUGAACUAUUGCAUCAUCAUAAUUUUAAUAUAGAGUUGAUAGAACAAAUUCGUGCUAAAUCUGAUCUUUCCGAAUUAGAUCUUUUGUAUUGGACGAAUGAUCAUAUUGUUAAGUGGUUAUCCGAUUUAGGUUUAAGUGAUUUUGUGCACGGAAUUGAUGCAAGUGGUUUACAUGGUGCAUAUAUGGUACUUGAUUCAACGUUCGAUUUUAAUACAUUGAUUAAACGUUUGCAUAUACCAUUGAAUGUUGCAGUUUUGUGUAAAUUAGAGGAGAAUUUCCAACGAAUAUUGAAGCCAGCUAGAACUCUUGAAGGUAUAUCUACCAAUCAGCAUAGAAUUUUUCGUCGACGUAGUAUUAGUCGGCUAAGCUGUACAAACGGUAUAAUGCAACGUAGUAUUACAUCAACUAAUGCAAUCAAUGGAAGUUGUUUAUCGUUGACAAGUUCAUCAGAAUCUCAAACCAAAUCAUCUACGGAUAAUAAUAGUAAUAAGCAUGUAAAAAUGAAUGGAAAUGUAUUUAAUAUGAAUGAAAACAAAAAUACUGUCGUAGCAUCUAUUACUAAAACUGAUGUUAUUCGCGAUGCUGAAUCAUUGAAUCUAACCAUUAAGGAUAUCGAUUUAACACUGAAUAAUCCAAUUGGAUUGACACCGAGACGCGAGAAACGUCGAAUCCUAACAGUUACCGGUGAUUUAAUGAAUUCUAAUCGUCUAACACGUGUAUUUACACGUGGUCAUAAGGCAUCAGUAGAUGUUACUGAACAGUCAAAUAAAUUACUACCAAAUACACAAGUAUCCAAACAAUUAUCAGUAAUGGGAUUGAAUAUUAAUAAUCAUGGCAUUAAUGUUAACAGCUCCAAUGAUAAUUCAGAUUGGUCAUCUGAUGUUGAAGAUAAGUCAAGUACUUUAGUUAGAAAAACAACUGAGAAAAGUUCAGACAAUUCUUCUACAUUAAAACAAUUAAAUUCAUUAGAUUGUAGAAAAACUACUCCACCUAGACAAGUUGUUCAGCCUCACGAAGCUCCACUUCUUGAUCCUUUCAAUUCUGAUUGUGGCAGGCCUCGUUUACGGAUUCUUCUAGGACAAACAAAUCGUUUAAAUUGUCUAACUGGAACAUCUUCGGCAUCAACUACGAAGAGUAAUCCCAAUACCGCAUUCAAAAAUAUCUCAGAUCAUAAAAAUAAUUUAGCUAGUCGUCAGUCUCUAGCAAAAUCCUGUAUAACAUCUACAUUUACCGCUACAAGUCUUGUAUCAAAAGGAAGUACGAAUUCCAUUAAUAGUAUCUCUUCUUCGUAUAUAGUUCCAAUUAGUAAAACAGAUUUUUAAAAUCUACCCAUAAUUAUUUUCAAUAAAUUCUAAGAAACAGUAUUUCUUUCAUUGUAUUUUUUCUCCCAUGUGAUUUAUUCUUUUUUUUUAGAUAUUUUUUGUGUUUCAUUACAUUAUCAAUAAUGUUGAUAGCUAAGUUACUGUAUUGAUUCUGUUAUUUUAGCCUGAACUUUCAUUCGUUCAGUAGUAAAUAUUUUUAUGUUAAGGUGGUCUUAAUUCUGGUUACCAAAUUUUGUUAGUUUGUAAUUGUACAGAAUCAAUAUAGAAAAACUCAAUGCAUAAUUCAGUCCAAUCGUCCUACAUUAUGUACUUAAAAAUCAAUAGUUUAUGUAAAUGACAAGAGAAUUCAGCAAUUGUCAUCGGAUUAUUAUUGUUAUUAUAUUCAGAAUCAUGUCUCCAAAAUUAUCCGAAUAUGUAUAUAAUAUGAAAAAUAGUAUAUUUAUAAUAUGUAUCUACACUACUUACAAUAAAAUGGGCUUUACCACAUUAACUUUUUAUUCAUAAUCAACAAUGGAUUGUUUUAAUCAUCAUUAUAUUUCAAUUUAUUUAUUAAAUUCUGAAUUUGUAUAAUAUUGAACUCACUUGAAUUAUACUAUGAAAAUGUAAAUGGAUGAUUUUUAUUUCUAUCUAUAAUUUAAAUAUAAUUAAAAUAUCGGAUUAAUUGUUUGUAUUUUAAAUAGUGAAUAAUAAAACUUGUUCAAUAAAGUUGAAUUUCUA